CGGCGGGCUUAUCGUUAUCGCGAUUGAGUGACUAAGCAGCAAAACUUCGCCCGCACAGGACCCCCCCUGUCCUUCGUGGGUGAGGCUAUUGUCGAGCUCGGUUGCGGGAGAGAAAGGGCCGUGACAAAAGAAAACGGGUUCCCGUCAAUUGACGCCGCCGGAAGCACCACGGCGCUAUCCCCCGACAAGCGCCAACGACCGACACAGACACGGGGCGACCUGCCCACCCACCAGCCCAACUCCCCCUCCCGAUGAGGAUAGUACCGCUGCAGCAGGCCCUGAGGGCGACGGUGGCCCCGGGCUGCCUGGCGGCGGCGGCCGGCUUCACAUUCGCCAGGGCGCAGAGGAGGCCGGAGCUGCUGGCCAGCAGCAGCGCCGCGGCGGCACCUCUGGGCGUCGGCCAGGCGGGCAAGCUCGUCGAGGGUCGGCGUAACGCGGCCGUCAAGUCGCAGGGCGCGUACAGGAUCCCCAACAAGAAGACGAUCGCGAAGAAGAUGGGCGCCAAGAGGAGCGGUGACCAGUUCGUGAUCCCGGGCAACAUCAUCUACAAGCAGCGCGGCACCAUCUGGCACCCGGGCGAGAAUACCAUCAUGGGGCGGGACCACACCAUCCACGCCGCCGUGACGGGCUACGUAAAGUACUACAGCGACCCGGCCCGCCAUCCGACCCGCCAGUUCAUCGGCGUCGCCUUUGGGCGCGACGACACCCUCCCCUACCCGGCCCACGGCGUGCGCCGCCGCCGCCUCGGCAUGGUGGCCGUGGCGCGCCGCGAGCCGAGGCAGAUACCCGAGCUCAGCCCCAGCGGCUUGCCGACGCGCAUCGUGCGCAAGGAGGGCAAGGCGCCCCGCACCGUCGUCGACGACAACGGCAACGUGACGGCGCGCAAGAGGUUCAAGAAGGCGCGCGCGCGCGUGCUGCACGAGAUCGCCAUCCGCCGCGACAACCGCGUGCUGCUGCUGCAGAAGGACUACUCGUACCGCGAGUCCAACGCCGCCAUCGGCAGGCUGAUGGGCCGCCACAAGGGCAAGACCCCCGGCACGGUCCGGGUCGGGUCCGUAAAGGGCGCGUACCGCGCCCGCCGCAGGGAAAAGGCCGAGGAGACGCGCCUGCUUAGGGAGGCGCGCGAGCAGGAGGCGGCCGUGCGCAAGAAGGAGGCCGACAAGGCGGCGGCCAAGAAGGCCGCCACGGCAAAGAAGGCUGCCGACGCUGCGGCCAAGGCAAAGGCCAAGGCGGACGCGGCCAAGGCGAAGGAGGCGGCCGCUCCCAAGGUUCAGGCAUGAUGGGGAGGGUCGAGGCUGGGUGGUGGUGGUGGUGGUGGGAGGCGGCUUGUGUUGGCUGACCUCGGGCUGUAGAUAUCUCGUCACGUCUUUGGCUAGGUAGGCACCUGUACCUGAGGGGGUUAUAGGGAGGUGACCUAGGCAAAAUGUACAGCUACUUCAUUGGCGUAUAAUGAAAUUUGCCGCGUCUCUACAGCUGUCUUGAUUAUGCCGGCAAGAUGUGCGAAGAGCUGGGUUU